GUUGCAGUCUCCCGCGGACCCCGGAAGUGCAACUUGAACUUGAUCGGGGCGCGGAUUCCCGGGAGGGAAAGUCAUAACAACCGCACGAGGGAGAUCGACUGGCGAGCUGGAAGGCCACGCCUCCUCGCGCCUCCCCCCACAGCCCUGCAGCUGGGGGCAGAGCUCAGACUGUCUUCUGAAGAUUGAUGUCUGUUUCCUUGAGGUCUUUAAUUUUGUUGCCAAUUUGGAUAAGCAUGGCUCAAAUCCAGCAGGGAGGUCCAGAUGAAAAAGAAAAGACAACAGCACUCAAAGAUUUAUUAUCUAGGAUAGAUUUGGAUGAACUAAUGAAAAAAGAUGAACCACCUCUUGAUUUUCCUGAUACACUUGAAGGAUUUGAAUAUGCUUUUAAUGAAAAGGGGCAGUUAAGACACAUAAAAACUGGGGAGCCGUUUGUUUUUAACUACCGGGAAGACUUGCACAGAUGGAACCAGAAAAGAUAUGAAGCACUGGGAGAGAUCAUCACAAAGUACGUAUAUGAGCUUCUGGAAAAGGACUGUAAUUUGAAAAAAAUAUCUAUUCCAGUAGAUGCCACUGAAAGUGAACCAAAGAGUUUUAUCUUUAUGAGUGAGGAUGCUUUGACAAAUCCACAGAAACUGAUGGUUUUAAUUCAUGGUAGUGGUGUUGUCAGGGCAGGUCAGUGGGCUAGAAGGCUUAUUAUAAAUGAAGAUCUGGACAGUGGCACACAGAUCCCUUUUAUUAAGAGAGCUAUGGAUGAAGGAUAUGGAGUAAUAGUACUGAAUCCCAAUGAAAACUAUAUUGAAGUCGAAAAGCCGAAGAUACCUGUCCAGUCAUCUUCUGAUAGUUCAGAUGAACCAGCAGAAAAACGCGAAAGAAAAGAUAAAGUCUCUAAAGAAACAAAGAAGCGACGUGAUUUCUAUGAGAAGUAUCGUAACCCCCAAAGAGAAAAAGAAAUGAUGCAGUUAUAUAUCAGAGAAAAUGGCUCUCCUGAAGAACAUGCAGUCUAUGUGUGGGACCAUUUCAUAGCUCAGUCUGCAGCUGAGAAGGUAUUUUUUGUUGCUCACAGCUAUGGAGGACUUGCUUUUGUCGAACUGAUGAUUCAGCGAGAAGCAGAUGUGAAAAGUAAGGUGGCUGCUGUGGCGUUGACAGACUCCGUCCACAACGUGUGGCAUCAAGAAGCUGGCAAAACGAUCCGAGAAUGGAUGAGAGAGAACUGUUGUAACUGGGUCUCUAGCUCAGAACCCUUAGACACGUCAGUGGAGUCCAUGCUGCCUGACUGUCCCCGAGUCUCAGCAGGCACCGACCGCCACGAGCUCACUUCCUGGAAGAGCUUCCCGUCUAUUUUCAAAUUCUUCACCGAAGCCUCCGAGGCCAAGAACAGCUCCCCCAAGCCGGCUCUGACGCGGCGCUCGCACCGAAUAAAGCACGAAGAGCUGUAAGAGGAGAGCGAGAGCGAGGACGCGGAGGGGGGCGGGGGGGGCGAGGAAGCGCCCCGGAGCCGGCGUCCGCCCGCCUCACCCCUCCACACACACACACCCACACCCACACACACACACCCCGCCGGCCCCGGCGAGCCGGCUCCCAGCCCCUCAUUAGAUUGUUUUCCCCCUCGGGCCACAGGGCCGUGAUAUAUAUAUAUAGACACAUCUAAACGGCGUUCGGCAUUAUUUCUAGAUGAGUGCAACUGUCAAAGCAAUCCGGGUCCACCGGUCGCGCCGACGCUUCCUGCGGGCCGAGCCCGGGGCUCCGCGCCGCCCGUCAGCCCGCCGACUGAGGCUGACGGCGCCCUGCCCGGCGCGGCCGGCGCGCCUCCGACGAUCCCGACGGAGCCCGCGCGGGCGCUGCGGGGCGAGCGGCGUCCGCGCGGUCCUACCGCCCGUCUCCGCACCGCUCCCGCGCCCCCCCCCACCCCCCCAACACUUUACCCAGAAUCGUGUCCAUUUUUUCCUCUCUCCGAACCCAAGCAAACUUUUUAUUCUAGACUUAAAACUCCCAUUUUCAAUAGAAUCUUUUUGUUCCCUCUCUCCGAAACCAAGCAAACUUUAUUCUAGACUUAAAAACUCCCAUUUUAAAUAGAAUUUUCCCUAAGGAGGUCUUACGUCUUUUUUUUUUUUUUUAAGAAGUUAUACCAUUCCUCAUCCAAAACCAAACUCAAACCCCCCAAAGCCAAGUUCAAAUUCAGAGCAUGUAUGCGGUGAUGUACUGUGUAGUUUGGGGAGGGCAACUUGUGCGCUCCCUAACAAUCUUAUUUUUGAAACCAGAAGUGCACACACACACCAAAAAAAAAAAAAAAAGAACUUGGAUAAAGUACCGAAUCCACGUUAUGGUGGAAAAUCCUUGCCAGUUGAAUAUGAGACUUUAUACAGGUCUCUAAUUGCAGAAGAGAGUGUUUAAACCAAUGCAUAACGUUGAGCAAAUCGUUUAAGUAUAUGGGUGAAAGGUUUCAUUUUCAGUGAAAUUUCCAACUUCAUCAUUAGAAUUUACUUUCUAAAAUACACAAUGUGUAUUGGGUAGCGUUGUAAUUUAGAUAGCAUAGUUAAGUCUUGUUUAAAUCUUAAUGUAGAGGAAGUUUGUUGUUCUUGUCGUUAAUCCUAACUGGAUUGAUAUGUUCUGAGUGUUGGGGGUGGGGGUUGUUAGGCCUUUUUAGGGAGAUAAUUUUUUAUCCUCAUCAGGAAAAUGAACCUACGUGCUCUUGAACCUUUUCCUUCCUGAAAGACAUAGUGGAGCUGAGAUGAUUCUUUUUAGUUUUCUGCUCCAACAGUGUGAAAGACUUUUCUCCUCCCAACCCAAUGGUAUAAUUCGUAGUAGUCCACCUCCUCUGUAAGCUUUUGUCCUACAGUUUCAACAGUUAAGUUUUUUAGUCCAGCUAAGAUCUGGCCACCAACACUGUGAAAUAUGAGGUAAAAUAAGUUAAGAUUUUGCUGACUUUUAAAUUCAUAUGUUAAAUCUUAACAUUAUCAAUUUUUUAAUUACUUGUAGAAUUUAAUUACCUAGUGACGAUUCUGUUUCUAAUAAGUGAGAAUCUGAAUUUAAUAUUUUUCCAUCCUUUUUUAAAGUAUAUUCAACAAUAUGCCUGCCUUAUUUGAGGACAUGAUAAAAUGUACCCAAAAUGACUUAGGACUGUCUGACUCCUCAGAAAAAUAACUUUAAAAAAAAACCUCAUUGUUUUUAUAUUAUGAAUCGAUUUCAGCAGGUUUUAAAACUGAUAGUAUCUGUGUUUGGUACACAAGUGCUUUAAUUAGUUCUCAUAAUUUUAAUGAUGCUAAGUUAAGGUGAUCUAUCUUGAGUAGUCUUAUAUGAAUAUCUUUUGAUGUUAUUUUAGCAGAAGCAACAUAGGUGGAAAAAUCAAAACAUCAUUUUAUCCAAGUCCUUGAAAUGUAUAACUCCAACAAUGUCAAGCAUGUUGGUCUGCAGUGUUUUCUGUUUUAGAAGCAGUGGUGAACUGUGUUAACUAAUGAUACCUUCCAUUGACAGGCUUUGAGAAUUGAUAUGGAUUGUAUGUAUUUUUCAAAGUGUUAUAAAUUGUGUGGUGUUUACAGUAUCUGAAAAUGUUCACAGGGAACUCAUUUUAUUGUUUUGUUUUGUUUUUUUAAUCAGCACUUGUCAGUUUGUGAAGCUUCUACAACUGAAUUAGAGCAAAUACGCUCGGAUUAUAAACCAGAUCACUCCCAUUCCUUCUCUUCAGUUUUCUCACCUCUCUCUUUAAAAACCUUUAGGGGUAACUGGAGUAAAUCACUCUUUAAUUGCCUUUAAAACUACUGGGUUGUUAGGCCUUACUUAACUAUCUAUAGAGAGCUAUUUGCAAACUUAAGUUGUGUAAAUAUAGUUUCUACUUGUGGAUCUAAGCUGUUGCCACCGGGAGAGAGCUAGGCAACCCACCCUAGAUCUCCGGCUGAUUACUGGUAAGAUUCCUUGUAAUGUGGAAUUUUUUUGUAACCUGUUGAUUAUAGGUUUCUUGGUAUAAAUAUAAUACUAUUAUAUUCACCUCAAUUUUCCCAGAAUAACAACAGUCAGUUGGUAGCAGCCCGCCUGCUUGAACGAGAUAAGGGUUAACAAAGUUUCUGCUCUGAUCUCCCACUCUGAUUUCUUUAGACAAGUUUUCAGCAGAGUAGGGGUUUAAAGUUUGGAAGUGGGCUUUUAUCUUUCUUUUUUUAAUUAUAUAGUGAGUUCUUAGAGGAAGUGUAAUGGGAAGCAGGGAGUUGCUGAUAAAUCUAAGGUUCAGAACAGUCCUGUUAAAACUUAAAAGCCAGAUCCUGGCUUUGGAGCUUUCUAAAGGUACAUAACCAUACAGCCAUUAAAGGUUUUCAUGGAUAUUUGAAUGGGGAAGGAGGAGAUGUAAUAAUUGUUCUUUUCUCAAGUUUCUACCUUGUGCUUCAACUUGGAUUACAUUAUUGUUUAUACCAAAAGAAACCUAAGGCACAGGAGUUUCCUAUAUAUGAUAUAUUUCUGUUUGCUAUUUUAAAAUAAAAAACAAUUUUCCCAAUA